CCCCCUCUCCCGGCCCUCCUGGCAGCCGCCUCUGGAUCGAUCUUCAGACGCGCGGUCGGCUCGUCGCGGCACCGCGGCCGCCGCCGCAGUGGUCUUGGUCAAGGCUGAGUGUUUACCGAGCAGCGGCCGCCGCCGGGUGGGCCACGAGCUCCCGCACAGCGUUCGUCGGCUCCGUGACUGUCGUCUCCUGCCCCGGCCUUCCCGCUCUAAGUCCCGGAGCGACGAUGUGGCCUUGAUAGGUCACCAGACCACCUAAGGCCAGCCGUCGAUUCCCUAGACCGUGAGUCGGUCCGCCAGCCCGUCCGUCCGUCGGUCGGUCCUUCUGUCGGUCAUCCGGUCGGUUGGUGCGAGCGCCAAGUGAUGGCACGGGUACCACCGUCUCUGGGGACUGUCCUGACGUCUCUUCUGCUGGUGCUGGUGACGGUGAUGGUGAUGGCUGCACCAGCGAUGGCAGCACCACGCUCUCUGCCAGACCAGAGCAUCAGGUCGUACAUCAGUCAGAGGGCGUGCUGGUGGAACGAGCUCUGUAAGGAGGAGUUUCAGCCCAUGUUCAAGUGCCGCUGCCCCAAGUUCUCCUACUGCCGAUCGCCGGGGAAGUACUACAACGCCCGCUGCGCCAUGUCGAGCACCGGUUACAUCUGGAUGCAGCCGGAGACGCGCUGGUCGCUGCUCUCCUAGUGCUGCCACCUGUUCACGGGUCGGCGUGGCUGUAGUUAGGUCCGGGUGUUACGCUGAGAAAAGCAGGUUAUCGAGGCGAAUAGAACAGGGUACAGUGGUGUUUGUAUCAGAAUGAUGUUCGCUUAGAAGCUGUUUGUUGAGCUCAUUUUAACCGUUGUUCGCAACAUUACUAACCAAAUAAUUGCAGCCCACAGUUCUUCUAGGCUGAUAAUACACAACGCCAAAUAUCCGAGCGAGCCAUCCCAUUUGAAUAUCAGUCUUCUUCGCUAUUUCCGGGACAUCUGAAGCCGUGCCAACGUAGACUGUGUUUUGCAUUAGCCUGAAGUGCGGCUGUAUAACAUGCAGAGUGUUGUUGUUGCUGUUGAUAGUGCUGUUUAUUCUUGUAUGCAAGUGUUCGCGAACGUGCUAUUGGCGGCAACCUAUUAUGAUGGCCGGAAUAUGUCUGAAUAUGGAUAGCCAUAGCCUAGGUUGAACCACACCGGAUAUGCGAAUAAGCUUAGCAUAGCUGACUAUAAGCUACUCUAUAAAUCAAAAUGAUACAAGUAAGUUACUUUUCUCGAUGUCACGGAAAAUAUGUUUCUAACUUCUUUAUCCAAGUUUUUCUUACUAAAGCGAACACUACGCUCACCGUUAAUUUUAUUCGCAUUACUUGAGCUAUUUGUCAAUGCGGUGAAUGACAACUAUCUAGCUGUUUUGUGAGCGUUUGAACAUGUACCUCUUCUUGAAAUUGCUUUAUGUUUAGCUCAGCAAUGAUUAAACAUUCGUUAGUGUUGUUUCAGCUAUUGUUACAGCCAAUAAUAUAUUUAACUGGGAUGAUCU